UCGGCAGAAAUGCGAAUGCAAUUAUUUAAUGAGUCUUACGACACAAUAACAAAUACGGUUUUAUGUAAAGGUGUGAAUUUAAUUAACGAAGUCCACGAUCAAUAAUAAUUAUCAUUAUCUCGGUCAAUUUUACGGAUUUAUUCUUAUAAUUAGGCGACGACGGUGGUUUUUUUUUGAGAGAUAAGCUCCGAAAUGAGUGAUUAUCUACGUAAUCUGUAACAUAGAGUUUGUGUUUCUUGCUACUUUGUUUUCUUCAACGUAACAUAAUUCAGAUUUUCAACCUUUACGUAAAGUAAAAAUUGCUGGUAAAAUCGACAUGGAAAGUGAUGGUGAAUCGGAAUCGAGAGAACUGUUUCGAAAAUCGCGUACAUCUUCGCAGUAUAGACCUUCACUCUGCUGGCAAAAUAUCUCAGUAUGGAAUAAAGUUAAAACUAGUCAAGGAAUUUUUCAAAAAACUCGAUACGAAGAUGUCCACCUGCUGAGUAAUGUGAGUGGAUUUGUAUCUCCUGGAUCACUCGUUGCUAUCAUGGGACCGAGUGGAUCUGGCAAAACUACUUUAUUAGCUACGAUUAGUUAUCGAUUAACUGAAAGAAUAAAUGGAAAUGUAUAUUUAAAUGGAGAUAUUACAAGUCGUCCUGAGAUGUUGGCGAUUUCAGGAUUCGUACCACAAGAAGACAUAUCAGUGGAAUCGUUGACUGUUUACGAGCAUAUGAGUUUUAUGGCAAUAUUAAAAAUGGAUAAACGAAUACCAGAAGUGGACAGAUUAAGAAAAAUACUCUCGUUGAUGAAUCAAUUAGGUUUGGACGAUUGCGGUUCAACUCACUUGAAAACUCUCUCAGGAGGUCAACGUAAAAGAUUAUCUAUUGCUGUUCAAAUGCUGACAGAUCCGUAUAUUUUAUUCUGCGACGAAGCAACGACCGGAUUAGACAGCUCGAAUGCUGCGAUCGUCAUGAAAAUCCUGAGGAAAUUCUCUUCUCGAGGAAAAAUAGUAAUUUGCUCCAUUCAUCAACCUGCCUCCGGUGUUUUUGAACUAUUCGACGAUGUUUUAUUACUCGCAACUGGCGGUAGAGUUUCGUAUUUUGGUCCAGUUACCGAAGCUGUAGGAUAUUUUGAAAGAUUGCAAAUGAAGUGUCCCGAGUCUUACAAUAUUGCCGAGUUCCUCGUCAAAAAGAUAUCUGUUUCUGUUCCUUCGGAUCGUGAAAGAGUUAAAAUUCUCUGCGAUGUUUACUCGUCAUCUCAACAAGCUGCUGAUGUGAAGUCUCAAAUACAAGCUGCAUGUUUUGAUAAAUAUCUGUCAUCGGAAGGGGGCCGGGUAUCAUUCUUAGUCGAACGCAAAGAGGAUUUAUUGCUAUCGUAUCAAAAACACACCUACGUAGAUUAUAAAAAAACGGAACGAGUGAAUUUAUUAAUACAAAUAUAUUAUUUAAUUUGGAGAACAUUGAAGAAUCUCAGUAGAAAUUACAUCAAUAACAUAGUUCAUUUUUUUGUUUACGUUAGUGUAGCUUUGAUGGUCUCAUCAAUAUAUGCUAAAAUUGUCCACAACGAGAAAGAUAGAGUUCAAAAUAUUCGAGGAUUUAUUAAUAUCACAGUGUUGGAGACCUUAUACGAAUUUGCCUAUUUUGUAUUCAAUACUUUCCCAUCCGAAAGGCACAUAUUACUGAGGGAGAUUCGAGGAAAUUUAUAUACCGUUGAAGCUUACUACAUGUCAAAAUUCAUUUGUAAAACACUGUAUUCAAUUUUUGCUCCACUCGUAUUUGUCGGUAUAGUGAAAUGGAUCACAGAUACGUUCAAUUACCUAUCUUACUUGGAGUUAGCCAUACCUUUCUGCGUAAUCGCUUCGCUUAGCACUGCAUAUGGGUGUAUGUUAUCAGCUGUUUUUGACAAUGUACCUACAAUGAUGGCUGUAGCAGUAGCGUAUGAGAUUCCAGCCUAUCUGUUUGCCGGAAUUACCUUAAAAAUAUCGUCGCUUCCUUUUUAUUUGAGUUGGAUGAAAUAUUUAUCAACAUUUUAUUACGCUGUUCAAUCGGUGACAGUAUUAGAAUGGAAAAGUAUCGACCUAGAAAAUAUUAAACGUUUCAAUUUAACGGAGAAUGAUCCUGCAGCUUUUCACAGCUUAGAGAUGGUUGCUGAAUAUGGAUAUUCAAUCAUGGAUUACAGAUACAAUUUGUAUAUUUUGGCAAUGCUGAUAUUUUUAUUUCAUUUUGUUGCUUAUUUAUCCACAGCAAAAAAAAGUAAAGGACAAGGUGCUUAUUAGAUAUUACUAUGUAAAGAUUAUGAUGGGUUUUGUAUUUGUUUUGAUGUCGUGUUAGUAAAGUCUUUCACUUUUUUGUACCUACCUAUUGAAUUUUAUUCCUCUUUGUUAUUAAUCUACAAUUAAUCUUUGAAUAAACAUUUUAUGCUCCUCAUCGAGGAAAAUUUUCGUGUACCUACCUAUUACUGACAGAAAAAUUUCAGUAAUGGUUGAAAAGAUUACAAAUUUUUUUCAUGUGUCACACUCCGAUUUGAACGGUACCACGAUUUCUGGAAAGAGCAUAGUAUAAAACCCCCAAAACCCAAUUUUCAGCUGCCCAAGUUCAUUUUUCGAUUUUUGGCCAAUUUUUGAAAAUUCAAAAUUUACUGUUUUUGGCGAUUUAUGCUUUUUUUUAAAAGUACGUACUUGAUCAGUAAAAAUGGUCAAAAUAAGUCCCAAAACUAAUAUUAAUUACCCAAGUCCAAAUUUCACCAUUUCCAGCCAUUCUGGAGCCUCCAGCGCGAUUUUUCAAUUUCUCCAGAAUUUUGAAUUUGCUCCAGAAGGCGUUAAUAUGAAGUUGUUUGGCUAAAAAUCGAGUUGUGUAUUAUACUCGACCUGUUUAACGAGUUUAUCUACAUUUGAGCCGAUUUUGGGAAUGACCCCUCAAGAGUGGGUUUUUGACAAAAAAUCAAAAAAAUCAAAAAAUAACAGUUUUUGAGAAAUUUUUUGAAAUUUGCGCGAAUCGCUGGAUUUUUUCAUGGACUAACCCCAGGAGCGCAAAUUCUACUAUUUCCAGCCAUUUUGGGGCGAGAGUGACACCUCAAAAAACCACUCAUGAGGUGUCACUCUCAAAAUCGGCUCAAAUGUGGAUAAACUCGUUUAACAGGUCGAGUGUAAUAUACAACUCGAUUUUUAGCUGCCCAACUGCAUAUUCACGCGUUCUUGAGCAAAUUCAAAAUUCUGGAGAAAUUGAAAAUCGUGCUGGAGGCUUCAGAAUGGCUGGAAAUUGUAAAAUUUUGAUUUGGGGGGAGGUUAUGUUACGGACAAAAUACAACGAUUCGGGCAAAUUUCAAAAAUUUCCCCACAAACGGGAAACUUUUGAUUUUUUGGAUUUUUUUAAUUUUGAAAAAAGCUGGUCAAAAACCCACUCUUGAGGGGUCACUCCCAAAAUCGGCUCAAAUGUAGAUAAACUCGUUAAACAGGUCGAGUAUAAUACACAACUCGAUUUUUAGCCAAACAACUUCAUAUUCACGCCUUCUGGAGCAAAUUCAAAAUUCUGGAGAAAUUGAAAAAUCGCGCUGGAGGCUCCAGAAUGGCUGGAAAUGGUGAAAUUUGGACUUGGGUAAUUAAUAUUAGUUUUGGGACUUAUUUUGACCAUUUUUACUGAUCAAGUACGUACUUUUUUAAAAAAAUGCAUAAAUCUCCAAAAACAGUCAAUUUUGAAUUUUCAAAAAUUCGCCAAAAAUCGAAAAAUGAACUUGGGCAGCUGAAAAUUUGGUUUUGUGGGUUUUAGACUAUGCUCUUUCCAAAAAUCGCGGUCCCGUUCAAAUCGGAGUGUGACAGCUCAAGACACGCUCAAGAGGUUCCCUUGUUAGUAUAUUUUUUUUAUUACCUACUUUAUUUCAAUUACAUAAAUUUUUCUUUUAAUAUUUAACUUAUUUUUAUUAAAUUCAAAUUAUAAAAAAAAUAUAAUAUUAUCAACUAUUUUA